UUUUUACGGCCUCGCCUCCGGCUCCCGCGCGGGGGCGGCCGGGGGCGUGGCUGUGCGGAGGGGGCGUGGCCCGGCCCCGCCCCCCCGGCGGCUCGGCAGCGUCAUGGCGGCGGGACGGGAGCGGGACGGGCAGCGGGAGCUGCGCUUCUACCGGCGGAUGCCUAAAGCGGAACUUCAUGCUCAUUUGAACGGCUGUAUCAGUUCUGCCACUAUGAAGAAACUUAUGGCCCAGAAGCCAUCCCUUCACAUCCAGAAUGGAAUGACGGUGAUUGACAAAGGAAAGAAAAGGACCUUAGAUGAAUGUUUUCAGAUGUUUCAGAUCAUCUAUCAGAUUACCACUAGGCCUGAAGAUAUUUUACUGAUAACUAAAGAUGUUAUUAAAGAAUUUGCUGAUGAUGGUGUCAAGUACCUGGAAUUGAGGAGCACUCCUAGAGAUGAAAAGUCCACAGGUAUGACCAAAAGGAUGUAUGUUGAAACUGUACUUGAGGGUAUAAAGCAGUGUAAAGAAGAAGGCUUGGAUAUAGAUGUCAGACUGUUAAUAGCCAUAAAUAGAAGAGGUGGCCCGGCAGUUGCGAAAGAGACCGUUAAACUUGCUGAAGAGUUCCUUCUUUCCACUGAUGGGGUCGUAGUAGGACUUGACCUCAGUGGUGAUCCCACCGCAGGACAUGGUCAAGAUUUUUUGGAACCACUCUCAGAAGCAAAAAAAGCAGGUCUAAAGCUGGCACUGCAUCUUUCAGAGAUUCCAAAUCAAGAAGAGGAAACCAAAGUUCUCCUGGGCCUGCCUCCUGACAGAAUUGGGCAUGGAACAUUUCUCAACUCUGCCACAGCAGGUUCAGAAGAGUUAGUGCUACUUGUUCGACAAAACCAGAUACCUAUUGAAUUUUGCAUGACAUCAAACAUCAAAACUCAGACAGUGCCUUCCUGUGACAAACACCAUUUUGGAUACUGGUACAACAUGGGCCACCCUGCAGUGCUCUGUACUGAUGAUAAAGGCGUCUUUGCGACAGAUCUAUCGCAAGAAUAUGAGCUGGCUGCAAAAACAUUUAAUCUGACUCGAGCACAGAUGUGGGAUCUUUCCUAUGAAUCAAUCAACUAUAUCUUUGCUUCCAGUGCCAUAAAAUCAAAGCUAAGGGAACGGUGGUGCCAACUGAAGCCAGCCCUGUUUGAUUAAUCAAACUCUCGUUCUGAACAGCUUGGGUGUGUUAGCUUAGUUCGUAACCCUUUUUGACCAAAGUCCCCGGCCUUUUUCAGACUUCAGGUUUGUAAAUGCAGCCCGUGAACGGUGCCUGUGCGAAAUGAAGGUGACAGGAACAUGCCUCCCUUGUUAGUGGGGACAGAUGUAAAUCUUCUUUCCUAGUUGGGAAGGGCUCACGGCCAAUGACUGACAUUCCAAAUGUGUCCUCACCUCGUUUCUCUCCCGUUGAUAUGACAAUUCUUUAAAAAUAGUUGAAAUAUGUCAUCGUACUACAAGGGUUUGAGAGUCAGAACACAAUAAAGGCACAGCCGCUGGGGGCUGAUGUCUGUUGGCAGCAUUUUGCCAAGCGCUGUGUGUGUAUGGUGUGUACGUUUGCAUUUUUGAAUUGGUUUUAAACAGAAGCUUUGAGCAAUUGAUUGAAUGUGAAGACAGAAACAAACUCAGGGAGGGUGAAAUAUUUGUCUCAGGCAUUAAAUAUUGCCUCUGUUUUAAUUGGCAUACACAAUGACUGAAGCAUGCUGUGGCUUGUGUAGCGUAUGUGGUGGUGCCUGUUGACGUACUUGGCACCGGUUGCAUUUAGAUAAAGUUCAGAAUCUUAAGCACCUUCACAAACUGUGAGCUUCUGCAGGGGAAUGGUCUAAUUCUCCAAAUGCAUUGUAGAAUUGCUGUUUGUUUCUUGUUUAAAAAAAAAAAAAAGGCAAUAAAAAUAGCUUGAACCUCCAUGUUUUCGAAACCACUGCUUGAAGUGUGCAUGUGAGCUGUGGAGGAGCAGCGUGUCCCGCCCGGGGCA